AUGGGCCAGCUCACACCCUCUCCCCGACCGAGCACCCGACAGAACACGGAGAAGCCCAUGGAAGUCAGGCUCAGCAACAUGACAGCCGCAAAGGGUACACGUCUUCCGCUCUAUCGCUCCCCUCGUACGCUCCCCUCCCGCUGACACCAUGCACGAACACCCACACCCACACCCACACCCACACCCACCAGCCGUCGCCGAUGCCGUACGCACCUCGUUGGGUCCGAGGGGGAUGGACAAGAUGAUCCAGACCUCGUCGGGAGAGGUCGUCAUCACCAACGACGGCGCGACCAUCCUCAAGCACAUGUCGGUCAUGCACCCCGCCGCUCGUAUGCUCGUCGACCUCUCCGCCGCGCAGGACAUCGAAGCCGGCGACGGCACCACCUCGGUCGUCGUACUCGCCGGUUCGCUCUUGGGCGCGGCGGAGAAGCUCCUCGCCAAGGGCAUUCACCCGACCGUGAUCGCCGAUAGUUUCGCCCGAGCGGCGAGCAAGGUCGUCGAGUACCUCACCGAGAUGUCGACCCCCGUCGAUCUCUCGGACCGCGAAUCGCUGCUCCGAGCAGCCUCGACCAGUCUCAGCUCAAAGGUGGGUCGAACCGAGCGAGAGCAUCCCACGUCCUGUCCGAACGAACAGGUGUUCACCUCGCGUUGUCCCUCCACCAGAUCGUCUCGCAAUACUCGUCGAUCCUGUCCCCCAUCGCCGUCGAUUCGGUCCUGCGCCUCGUGACCCCCGCUUCGACCAACGUCGACCUGCGCGACGUGCGCCUCGUCAAAAAAGUCGGCGGAACGAUCGACGACACCGAACUCAUCGACGGCGUUCUGCUCAACCAGAAUGUCAUCACCUCCGCCGGAGGGCCGACCAGGAUCGAAAAGGCCAAGAUCGGCAUCAUCCAAUUCCAACUCUCCCCUCCCAAACCCGAUGUGAGUUGGGGGCCCCAAGUCUUGCUCUUGAACAAGUAAAAGAUCGUUCAUUGACUGAUCGCAACUCGUCCCCUCCACGUCCCUUCCAGAUGGACAACCAAAUCGUCGUCAACGACUACCGACAGAUGGACAAGAUCCUCAAAGAGGAACGUCUCUACAUCCUCAACCUGUGCAAGGCGAUCAAGAAAUCGGGCUGCAACGUCCUCCUGAUCCAAAAAUCGAUCCUACGCGACGCGACGAACGAGUUGUCGCUGGCCUACUUGCAGAAACUCAAGAUCCUGGCCGUGAGGGACGUCGAACGCGACGAGAUUGAAUUCCUGUCGAGGGCGUUGGGGUGCAAACCCAUUUCCGACGUUGAACAAAUGACGGCCGAUAAAUUGGGCGAAGCCGAUCUCGUCGAAGAGACGAGCAAGAACGGCGCCAAGUUCGUCAAGAUCACCGGGAUCAAGAACGCCUCGGGUAAAACCGUUUCGGUGCUCUGCACGGGAGCGAACGGUUUGGUGCUCGAAGAGUCGGAACGUUCGUUGCACGACGCGUUGUGCGUCGUACGUUGCUUGGUCAAGAAAAGGUACCUCAUCGCCGGAGGAGGAGCACCCGAAAUUCACGUGUCGAGGUUGUUGUCGCAAUACGCGCAAUCGUUGAAAGGAAUGGAAGCGUACUGUUUCGCCGCGUACGCCGAGGCGCUCGAAGUGAUCCCGACGACGUUGGCGGAGAACGCGGGCUUGAACCCGAUUGCCAUGGUCACCGAGUUGAGAAAUCGACAUGCUCUGGGUGAACGAACGGCCGGGAUCAACGUCAGGAAGGGCGUGAUCUCGAACAUUCUGGAGGAGAAUGUGCUGCAACCGCUUUUGGUCUCGACGAGCGCGAUCGAGUUGGCGACCGAGACCGUCGGGUUGUUGUUGAGGAUCGAUGAGUGAGUGUCGCUUCAUCUCUGGUGGCAUUCCUAAUGGUCUCGGGCGAUUGCUACACACGGAGAUUGGAACCUGACUGUAAUCCUUCUUUCUCUCCACAGCUACCACCCGUGUCGCUAA